GAAAAACGAAAAAAAAAAAGCAUUUUCAUAAGCUUGCUCGCAGGAAUCAUUCAGGAUAGAGUAUAAAGCCGAAAUAAAAAAAAAAAGUGCACUUCAAUAGACCCAAUCGCUAUUUUUAUUUAUUUUUUUUUUUUUUUAUCUUGUCUUGGCUAAACAAACCCAAUUUUCUUCAUUACUCUUCCUAAGUCAAUUACAUAUGAAUUUUUCCCCUUUUCUAUCCGCAAUCAAAAAGAGUUAGUGAUACUUCUUUUCUUUGUCUUUGGGAUACCUGCCGAAGCCUAAUGAAUUUUUGGAGUCAAAAUCAUGACACGAACUCAUUUAAAAACAAAUUCCAACCUAACUCAACAAAAAUCAAAUCUACUAGUAAGUUACACGGAUUUAAAAAUGACUUACUCUAUUUAUGGACAAGCUGGAGUUGGAAAAAUGAGGAUCUUUAUUAACUUUCAUUAUUAACAUUGUAAAACGGGCUCUUCUUUUUUCUUUUAUUGCUAUACCAGGUAAGGUAUAGCAAUAAAAGAAAAAAAUAAAGGAGUCUUUUCUUGCCCUAACAUUCAAUUACUAAAUUUAAUUAAUAUAUUAAUAUAUUUAUAUUAAUUUCUAAAUGAAUAUAGAAGUAUAAUUCGAAAUUAAUAUAGAAUAUAAGUAUAAUAGAAUAGAACUAUAAUUUAGUUAAUAGUUAAUAUAAGAUCCUAUUCUAUUAAUGUUUAAUAUUAUUUAUUAUAUUUAUUAUUAAAUUUAGAAUAAUAUUUAUAUUCCAUAUUAUAUAGGUAGAGGUACUCUAUUACAUAUAGAAUAUAGGUAUAGUAUUUUCUAUUUUUAUAUAGAUUAGUAUUUUAUUAAAAAUUCUAUAAUUCUAUUUUAAAUUCUUUUUUUUUUUUUAUUUUUAUAAAUUUUUAUAGAGAAUCCGAAGUGAGAUGAAAAAUCGAGAAAAAAGUCUUAUUUGUAUAAGCUAUAAGAGAAAUAGCAAUAUAUAUUUAUAAUUGAUAAUUGAUAUCGAAAUAAAAUUGAAGUAAAUGGAACAAUUCGAGUCGAUGAAUCUUGAAAUGAGACAUGUACAAAAGCAAACAAAACUAAGCAGUUCAAUCAAAAUAAAUUGUUAUUUUGACUAAACAGUUAUGAAUGAGUUGACAAUUAAUUUCAAUUCGACUCGAAUAAUCUAGUAUAUUUUCUACAUUCAUAGGAGUGCACCCAUGUUUCUGCUUUACGAAUAUGAUAUUUUCUGGGCAUUUCUAAUAAUAUCAAGUGUUAUUCCUAUUUUGGCAUUUCUAAUUUCGGGCCUUUUAUCCCCAAUUAGAAAAGGACCAGAGAAACUUUCUAGUUAUGAAUCCGGUAUAGAACCAAUGGGCGAUGCUUGGUUACAAUUUCGAAUCCGUUAUUAUAUGUUUGCUCUAGUUUUUGUUGUUUUUGAUGUUGAAACGGUUUUUCUUUAUCCAUGGGCAAUGAGUUUCGAUGUAUUGGGGGUAUCCGUAUUUAUAGAAGCUUUAAUUUUCGUGCUUAUCCUAAUUGUUGGUUUAGUUUAUGCAUGGCGAAAAGGAGCAUUAGAAUGGUCUUAGCUCUUGAAUAUUCCGACAAUAAUAAUAAAACAAAAAAAAAAAAGAACAUUGAGACAGUUAUGAAUUCCAUUGAGUUUCCCUUACUUGAUCGAACAACCCCAAUUUCAGUUAUUUCAACUACAUCAAAUGAUCUUUCAAAUUGGUCAAGACUCUCCAGUUUAUGGCCGCUUCUCUAUGGUACCAGUUGUUGCUUCAUUGAAUUUGCUUCAUUAAUAGGCUCACGAUUCGACUUUGAUCGUUAUGGGCUAGUACCAAGAUCUAGUCCUAGACAAGCGGACCUGAUUUUAACAGCCGGCACAGUAACCAUGAAAAUGGCUCCUUCUUUAGUGAGAUUAUAUGAACAAAUGCCGGAACAAAAAUAUGUUAUUGCUAUGGGAGCAUGUACAAUUACAGGGGGAAUGUUCAGUACGGAUUCUUAUAGUACUGUUCGGGGAGUCGAUAAGCUAAUUCCUGUAGAUGUCUAUUUGCCGGGCUGCCCUCCUAAACCGGAGGCGAUUAUAGAUGCUAUAACAAAACUUCGUAAAAAAAUAUCUCGAGAGAUUUAUGAAGAUCGAAUUAGGUCUCAACAGGGGAAUCGGUGUUUUACUACCAAUCACAAGUUUCAUAUUGGACGUACUACUAAUACUGGAAAUUAUGAUCAAGGAUUACUCUAUCAACCGCCGUCUACUUCAAAAAUAGCUCCUGAAGCCUUUUUCAAAUACAAAAAGUCAGUAUCGUCCCCUGAAUUAGUAAAUUAGAGGAAGGACUCCUUUGUACAGAAUAACAAAAGGCAAAUCAAUCUUCCUAAAUUUCAUCGGAAAUAGGAAAUACUUAUACAAAUAAAAAUGGGGGAGAGAAAAAAAAUAUGCGGGGUCCUCUGUCUGCUUGGCUGGUCAAACAUGGGCUAGUUCAUAGAUCUUUGGGCUUUGAUUACCAAGGAAUAGAGACUUUACAAAUAAAGCCCGAGGAUUGGCAUUCCAUUGCUGUCAUUCUAUAUGUAUAUGGUUACAACUAUCUGCGUUCCCAAUGUGCCUAUGAUGUAGCACCGGGCGGGCUGUUAGCUAGUAUAUAUCAUCUUACGAGAAUAGAAUAUGGUAUUCUAGAUCAACCUGAAGAAGUAUGUAUAAAAGUAUUUGCUCCUAGGAAGAAUCCUAGAAUUCCAUCUGUUUUCUGGGUUUGGAAAAGUGCGGAUUUUCAAGAAAGAGAAUCUUAUGAUAUGUUGGGAAUCUCUUAUGAUAAUCAUCCACGUCUGAAACGUAUCUUAAUGCCGGAAAGUUGGAUAGGGUGGCCUUUACGUAAAGAUUAUAUUGCUCCCAAUUUUUAUGAAAUACAAGAUGCUCAUUGAAUAAUAAGAAACUCAUUUCAGUGUUACAAUUCCAGAUAUUCAAGGAAUAUUUGUUCGUUCUCUUAUAGAUCCAGAGAGUCAUUGAAGUCUCAUUCAUAUUAUUAUGGAUAUAUAGACUAAAAAAAAAAGACAAUACAAUUAGGGAUUCGUCGGAUUCUCCAAUUUUGAAGAUAUUUAUUUCGGGCGAGCCGAGCUAAUAGGACGAACUAAGCGAAUUCUGCAUCAUGAACUUUGUACUGCGCACAUCCCUUAGAUGAGCUAUAUAAAGUCAAUAAAGAAAUAUAAUAUGAAAGAAAAAACAAAAACAAAGAAAUCAAAGGAGAUCAGAUUCUAUUUGUACUGUAUCCGAGAUGAAUCUUGUAUAUUCCCACCCUUCAACUUCUCUAGACUAGACUUUUCUUUUAAGUAUUUUACGCAAUUAAUUUACCCUUUUAAAUCUAUAUCAAGUAUUCAUUUUUUGACCGAGAGGACACGCAUUAUGGACAAAAAAAAAAAAAAAAGAGGAAAGAUAGUCGAAUUCUUUUUUCUUUUACAUACCCUUAAUACUUUUUAUUUAUAUUAAUAUACUUUUUUUUUAUACUUUAACUACUCAUCUAAAAAUCUAAAAAGGCUAUAUCUCCAGACACCUAGAUAAGUAUGUAUCAUGGUCUAUAUUAUUAACUAUAUUAUUAAUAUGUAUGUCGAUCUAUACCAUCUAUAUCAAUUAAUUUAAUUAAGUUGUAGAAUAGAUACUUCUAGACAAAUUCAUUAUGUGUCAGGAACCAGAUUUGAACUGGUGACACGAGGAUUUUCAGUCCUCUGCUCUACCUGCUGAGCUAUCCCGACCAUUUCCGACGCGCCGUCUUCCUAAUUUUACUAAAUGACUUGGUCAAUUAAAAAAAAAAAAAAGACAAAAAGGUAUUCUAAAGUCUUAUCAUUGUUAAUCAUUCCAAUUUUCAAAAGGGAUUCCUUGUUUUACUCAAAGAAGUUCGUUUGGAUGUCUAUCCUAUCUAUCACAAGACUUGUGAAAAGAAAAAAAAAAUGCAGCCCAGAUACAUUUGUGAAAAAAUCGAAUGAAUGAGAAAGAUAACGAAUUUUGAACCGUUAACGAAAAGAGAGAAUAAGAUAAAUAAUUAGGGAGUCGAGCGGGCCCUUUUUUGGGGAUAGAGGGACUUGAACCCUCACGAUUUAUAAAGUCGACGGAUUUUCCUUUUACUAUAAAUUUCUUUGUUGUCGAUAUUGACAUGUAGAAUGGGACUCUAUCUUUACUCUCGUCCAAUUAAUCAGCAGACUCUGGGGUGAAUGAUCUGAUCAAUGAAUAUUCGAUCCUCUCGUCAACUUGGAAUCGAUUCAAAUCAAAGCAAUUUUUUUUUUAUUAUUAUUUGAAUUAUUAAUUAUUUAAUUUUUCAUAUAAAUAGAAUAAAAUACAGAUUCGAGUCGGUUGUCAUUAAUCAUUUGAGAUAGUAUUUCAGUACGUAUGCCUAUGUAUUAUGUUUCCUAUGUAUUAUGUUUAUAGGGUUAUACUUUACUUUAACUUUCUUUUUUCUGGAAUUUUAACUUUAACAGAAGGAUUCCUUUACUUGACUAAUGCAACGCAGUCAACUCUAUUUGUUAGAACAACUUCCAUUGAGUCUCUGCACCUAUCCUUUUGUAUUCUUAUUCUGUCUUUAUGAACCUUUGUUUGUUUUUUUGUUUGUUUUCGAAAAAUAGGAUUUGGCUCAGGAUUGCCCCUUUUUUUUCCGGGGUUUCUCUGAAUUUGAAAGUUAUCACUUAGUAAGUUUCCAUACCAAGGCUCAAUCCAAUUAAGUCCGUAGCGUCUACCAAUUUCGCCAUAUCCCCUCUUUGUUUUGUGUUUUGAGAUUCAGAUCUUAUUAUUAUGUUAUUAUGUCAUUCCCUUUUUUCUUUCAUUUCUAUUCUACUGGAACUGUUAAAGUCAUUAGAUACCGAUUCCUAUAUUCCUAGAAAAGUGUUUCCUCUAUAUUUUAAUAUUUUAUUUGAUUUCUUGUCUAGCCUCUUUCAUAUCUAUUUUGGACCCCUAUUUGGUCUAAUCAGAAAUCAUUCUAUCAUUUCUGUAUCCGCAAUUCAAUAUAGAUGCAUAUAUACCACAUUUAUUCUAUAUGUUUUUCUUCGAAUCAUUUUUCUUGUGCAAUUUUGAAUACUCGAACGGUCAAUUCUUUUCUUUUUUUUUUUAUAUUCAAUUCAUUUUUCUAUAUUCAUUUAAUUUAAUUAUGAAUUACUACGAAUGAAAAGUGAAUAGCUAAGGUUCCAGUAGUUUACUAAAUUCCUGUGCAUGUACAAUUUCUGUUAUGUGAGCCCGCUUAGCUCAGAGGUUAGAGCAUCGCAUUUGUAAUGCGAUGGUCAUCGGUUCGAUUCCGAUAGCUGGCUUUUUUUUUUUUUCUAUUUUUUUUUCUAUAUUCUAUAUACAUUCUUUGUGUAUAUACAAUUAAGGUCCGGAUAUUGAUAGAAUCCAUCUCAUUUGUAGUAUAUCAGUAUUUUUUGUAGUAUAAUACUUCAGUAGAUUUUGCCUCAUUUAUCAUAUUUAUCCUUUAGUUCAGUUUUAAUUUAGGUUUAUGAAAUUUCAAUAAAAUAAAGAAAAUAAGGAGUCUUUAUGUCACGUUACCGAGGGCCUCGUUUCAAAAAAAUACGCCGUCUGGGGGCUUUACCGGGACUAACUAGUAAAAGGCCUAGAGCCGGGAGCGAUCUUAGAAAUCAAUCGCGCGCCGGUAAAAAAUCUCAAUAUCGUAUUCGUUUAGAAGAAAAACAAAAAUUGCGUUUUCAUUAUGGUCUUACAGAACGACAAUUGCUUAAAUACGUUCGUAUCGCCGCAAAAGCCAAAGGGUCAACAGGUCAGGUUUUACUACAAUUACUUGAAAUGCGUUUGGAUAACAUCCUUUUUCGAUUAGGUAUGGCGUCAACUAUUCCUCGAGCCCGCCAAUUAGUUAACCAUAGACAUAUUUUAGUUAAUGGUCGUAUAGUAGAUAUACCAAGUUAUCGCUGCAAACCCCGAGAUAUUAUUACAGCGAAGGAUGAACAAAAAUCUAGAGUUAUGAUUCAAAAUUCUCUUGAUUCAUUCCCCCAGGAGGAAUUGCCAAAACAUUUGACUCUUCACCCAUUCCAAUAUAAAGGAUUGGUCAAUCACAUAAUAGAUAGUAAAUGGAUUGGCUUGAAAAUAAAUGAAUUGUUAGUUGUAGAAUAUUAUUCUCGUCAGACUUAAACCUAACUAAAAUAACAAGGGUUCGAACAAUUUUCUCCCCUGUCGCCUAAAUAAAGAGACCAAAGGUAUGGGUUUGCUUGGGGGAUUUUUCUCCCAUUGAUAUAUCCUAGAAUGAUAGGGGCAUUUUCAUUCCUUGUCCACUCGUAUUUUCUGUUCCACAGAAAUUAGGAAUAGAGAAUCUAUAUCAAAGAAAGAUCGAACUCUUGGAAUAAAGGUAUCCAUUGUUAUGUGAUUUGAUAUAUUGCGGUCAAUAGCAUUUCAGUAACAUUGAUAAAUUAGGUGAAGGUGCGGAAAGAGAGGGAUUCGAACCCUCGGUAAACAAAAGCCUACAUAGCAGUUCCAAUGCUACGCCUUCAACCACUCGGCCAUCUCUCCUACAUAAUGAUUAGGAUAAUGAUUAUGGCCCCGAAAGCGAGUGAAUCGCGAGUCAAUCCCGAUUUGAGAAUGAAGAUAACUGUCAAUGCAACUAUUGAUGUAAUUAUUCCAAUUGUAUUUAGUAUCAUAUAUAAUUUAGUAUCAUAUAUAUUAGAUUAGAUGUUGGAUAGGUACGGUACAUACAAUUAAUUGUAACUAUAAAAAAUAGAAUAGAAAAAUAGAAAACUUUUAAUCAUUUAAUCAAAGAAAGACCUUUCCUUCGGGGCUGGGGGAUAAAGCAAUUAUUUUUUUGUUUUUGUGAAAAACUUUUUAUUAAAAACAAUAAAGAUAUAUAUCUAUUUACUAUUUAUGUUUGCUGUUUGCGAAGAUGACGUUCCCGUCUUUUUCUGAUAUCUAUACCGGCUAAAAUCACGGGAUUGGAACGACUCGAACACUCGGUCUAUCUUUUUUUAUGAGUUAAGGCUGUUUUUAUGUUAUUUCGUACUGUAUAAUUACUUUUUUUGUAGGAUCGUUUUCUCACGAGAGGUAAUUAAAAGAAAUUUUAAAAUGGAUUGCUACCUAUGCCUAGAUCCCGGAUAACUGGAAAUUUGAUUGAUAAGACCUUUUCAAUUGUAGCCAAUAUCUUAUUACGAAUAAUUCCGACAACUUCAGGAGAAAAAGAGGCAUUUACUUAUUACAGAGAUGGUGUGAUUUGAUUUUUUUUAUUUACCGCUUCGAGUCUUAGGAGAAAGACACAUUAGCCGGGAUAGAAAGAUUUGAAAAAAACUCUACGUUUAUUGAAGGUGAAGUUUCUAAAAAAAAAAUUCCUUCUGUCGUGUAUCCCCGAUUAAUGCAGCCUCAGAUGUUUCAAUUGUCGAUUCUAGCAUUGAGCGAAAAGGUUACACCUAUGGCUAUGGGUUAUGUAUUGCAGGUUAAUCCUGCUCCACUAGUACCACUAGGCGGCAUAGAGGAAGAAGCACUACGCUUAGGAAUCAACAACACGAAAACUUUGCUAUAAAUUUUCCCUUUUCCUUAUUGGGAUCGGGACUAAGAAGAAUGGUUGGGACAACAAAUAUCCAUCUCAUUCGUGCUUUGGAUACCCAUAUAACCAUCGAAGACUGUUGAAGUGACUAAUUCCUAGAAAUUAAGGGAUGUUGAGGACAAAGAAAUUGUUGGAGUUAACGUAACAUUUUUCUAUUUUUAUAUAGUACCAACAUCUUGGAUGUUAAGAAACGAUCUUUUGCAGGAAGGUUGGCUAGAGAUUUCUUGUAAAAACACUAGCCCCGCUCAGUUCAUAAUGAGAAUAUUUCACUCCUUUUUGAUUCUAUGUAUUAGGCUUAUUAUGCACAUUAAGGGAGGAGCCGUAUGAGAUGAAAACCUCACGUACGGUUCUGGAACGGAGAUUCUUUGAAUCGAAUAACGACCGUAACGGAUGUCUGCUCAAUCCGAAGGAAAUUAUGCGGAAGCUUUACAGAAUUAUUAUGAAGCUAUGCGACUAGAAAUCGAUCCCUAUGAUAGAAGUUAUAUACUCUAUAAUAUAGGCCUUAUUCACACAAGUAAUGGAGAACACACAAAAGCUUUGGAAUAUUAUUUUCGGGCAUUAGAACGAAACCCUUUCUUACCACAAGCUUUUAAUAAUAUGGCCGUAAUCUGUCAUUACGUGCGACUAUCUACACUAUAGAAAGAAAAAGGAAAGAAAGAGCAAAAUCAAAAAUCUACUAGUAAAAAAAAAAUAGGCUUUCUACAUAUGGCAUCGUCCAAAACAACGAUUUUUAUCAGCUGUAGCAAAGAAAGAAACUUCAUAGAAAUCGAAAUAUGAAAAAAGAAA